AUGGCUGUUGGGAUAAAAACUAAGUGAAGGAAAAAAAUCCGAGAAGAGUGAGAAAAAAAAAGGGGGGGGGGGAUCCAAGGGACCGCCAGUUCUCUCAGUUCUCCACCGGGAGACACGCUGUGCACCGGAUAAAGUGCAGGAGAACCAGCUCUCCCCCUUCUGGGCAGGCGGUCGAGCGCUCCAGUUAUUAACUCUCCUCGCCCGGUGGCGGUCAGGGCUGCAGAAGUUAAAAUUAGUUGCCGCUGGAGCCGCCGCCCAGCCUCUACGCAGCUGAGGGACUAGCAGGACCCUGCUCAGCCCACGCGGCCGCAGAAAACACUUUGGCGUGGCCGGGGGCGUGGCUGAGGUCUGGCCACGCCCCCUCUUUCCCAAUUCCCUUCCACGCCUGUAUCCCAUUGGUUACGGGGAUAGCCAAUGAGCUCUUGGAUCGAGGUCCUACCCCGGGUCUGACUCGAAAGCUCCUGCCAAAACUUGGGGAGUUUUUAGAGAGGAGAUUUUUUUUGUUGUUCCCCCCCCCCCUCUUAAUACUUUUUUUUUUUUAAACUAACGGAUUAUUUUUGUUGUUUUAAAUUUAGCUCUUAGGCUUAGCUGUUCGGGUUUUUCUUUCGGUCACCGGCCCCUGUCUCCCGGCUUCUCCCGCGUGUACGGAGCCGCGGUCCCCUCCCGCCUAGUAGUGGCUCCAGCGCUCAGUGUUCGCCUCUGUCCCGCGAGGAGCGCCGGCGCCGCGCCGUCUUUGACAUAAGACCAGGGGCCGAGACGGUGACCGGCCAAAAUCUGGCCCCCGCCUCCUCCGUCCGAGGCGCUAGGGCUCCCGGCCUCUCUUCUUCAGGGCGGGCGGAGAAGCGAAAGCGGAUCGUCCUCCCCGGGGCCGCCGCCCCUCCCCGCGCACCCACCCAUUCACCCACUCACUGGGUCAGGCCCGACCGCGGCCGCCGCGCGGCUCACCCGGCUAGUAUGUUCGCGGCCGGGCUGGCUCCGUUUUAUGCCUCCAAUUUUAGCCUCUGGUCGGCCGCCUACUGCUCCUCGGCCGGCCCGGGUGGCUGCUCCUUCCCCCUGGACCCUGCCGCUGUCAAGAAACCCUCCUUCUGCAUCGCAGACAUCCUACACGCCGGCGUGGGGGAUCCAGGGACGGCUCCAGAGGGACUGGUGGGGGCUUCAGCUGCCGCCCUAACCGCGCACUUGGGCUCGGUUCACCCGCACGCCUCCUUUCAAGCUGCCGCCAGAUCCCCGCUCCGUCCCACCCCGGUGGUGGCGCCCUCCGAAGUCCCGGCUGGCUUCCCGCAGAGGCUGUCUCCACUUUCAGCUGCCUACCACCACCAUCACCCACAGCAGCAGCAGCAGCAACAACAACCUCAGCAACAACCUCAGCAACAGCCGCAACAGCAACAGCCCGCACCUCCGACCCGGGCCGGCUCCUUGCAGACCUCGGCCUCGGGGACCCGUGUGAUCCCGCACCAUAGUGGCUCGACACCGGCUCCCUCCAGCAAAGACCUCAAAUUUGGAAUUGACCGUAUUUUGUCUGCAGAAUUUGACCCAAAAGUCAAAGAAGGCAACACGCUGAGAGAUCUCACAUCCCUGCUAACUGGUGGACGACCUGCAGGAGUGCACCUUCCAGGCCUGCAACCCUCCGCUGGCCAGUUCUUCGCAUCCCUAGAUCCUAUUAAUGAGGCUUCUGCCAUCCUCAGUCCCUUAAGCUCCAACCCAAGAAAUUCAGUUCAGCAUCAAUUCCAAGACACAUUUCCAGGUCCCUAUGCUGUGCUCACGAAGGACACCAUGCCACAGACAUACAAGAGGAAGCGUUCUUGGUCGCGUGCAGUCUUUUCCAACCUGCAGAGGAAAGGCCUGGAGAAAAGGUUUGAGAUCCAGAAGUACGUGACCAAGCCAGACCGAAAGCAGCUGGCAGCAAUGUUGGGCCUCACAGAUGCACAGGUGAAGGUGUGGUUCCAGAACCGGCGAAUGAAGUGGCGCCACUCCAAGGAGGCCCAAGCACAGAAGGAUAAGGACAAGGAGGCCGGCGAGAAGCCUCCAGGCGGAGCCCCGGCUGCCGAGGGCGAACAGGAGGAGAGGAGCCCCAGUCGCUCAGAGGGCGAGGCCGAGAGCGAGAGCAGCGACUCCGAGUCUCUGGACAUGGUCCCCAGCGACACCGAGCGGACUGAGGGGGCUGAGCGAUCUCUUCACCAAACAACUGUUAUCAAGGCCUCGGCCGCUGGCACCCUCAUCGCGGCCAGCAGCGGUGGGAGUGGAGGAGGUAGCGGCGGCAGCAGUUUCAACUUCGGCAGCGCUAGCAGCCUCAGUAGCACCAGCACCAGCACGGGGAGCGCAAGCAGUCUUGGCAGCGGGGGCAGUAGCACCUCGGAGCUGCUCCCUGCACCCCAACCCACAGUUAGCGGUGCUCCCAAAAGCCCGGAGCCUCCCCAGGUCCCGCUGGGCAGCUUAUAGACUUCAGGAGGACUCAGGGGACUCUACGCCAGCCUCCUACAUACGGGCUGGAUUUUGUGUUGGCGUUGGGCUGGGGCCAGAGAUGCAGCAAAGACUACUCUUCAGUGUUCACUCCAUGCCCCUUGGUGCCCAGAGCUCAGAGCCCAGAGGCCAUAAGUGUGUCCCCACCAAAGAUUCCUAUGGAACUCUUCUCUGGACAUGUGCAGCCCACACUGUGAAGUGUUUGAACUGUUCCUGCUCGCCAGGGAUCGUGGCAUAAAGACAUGCUGCACUUAAGAAGCCUUAAACUUGUAAAUAAAAUGUUUACCAUGGUUUGUAAAA